GUGAUGGCGUAUUUCCGUUUCCUCUCCGCCAGGGCGUUUCUGGUUGGACCGUCUUGUUGCGGAGGGAGGGGGAAGAUUGUUUGUUCCGUGGAUGCUCCCCGUAUAGCAAGCUCCCCAGAGGCGCAUCUCCUAUCCUCUGCUUGGACUUAGCCUUCUCUCUAUCUGCCACCACAGCCUGGAGGCGCUUGCCUCCACCCUCCCGAAUGGUGCUCCUCUUCACAGGCGUCGGCCCAGGAUCCAGGCCCCCUUUGCUCCCUGAUUUGGAGCUGUUGCUGCUGGGGUCCCUUGGUGGACUCCUUGUGGUGGGGUGUGAAGGACUUUUGCACAGACAAGGCUUUAGUUAUAGGGACCUCAUCAGCAGUUUGAAUGUCAGCCUUUAACUGAACGUGGGGCUCUUCUGCACCUUCUUUUCGGCCUCUGAGAAGAGAAAACCCUUCUCUAUUACAUCCAAAGCCCAGGAAGCCUCAAGCUGGGGCCCUGGUCCCAGCAUGUCAGCCCUCUCUUGUGCAUAGGGCUCUGCCCUCUUCCAGCCAACAUGGCUGAUCUCAAAAAGGUUCCAGGGGGCCGGGAGACUCCACAGGGGGAACUGCGGCCGGAGGCAGUAGAGGAUGAAGUCCCUAGGAGCCCUGUCGCAGAGGAGCCUGGAGGAGGCGGAAGCCACAUCGGUGAGACCAAACUGUCCCCUAGAGAGGAGGAAGAGCUGGAUCCUAGGAUACAGGAGGAGCUGGAGCAUCUGAACCAGGCUAGUGAGGAAAUCAACCAGGUGGAGCUACAGCUCGACGAAGCCAGGACCACUUAUCGGAGGAUCCUGCAGGAGUCAGCAAGGAAGCUUAACACACAGGGCUCUCACUUGGGGAGCUGUAUUGAGAAGGCCCGGCCUUACUAUGAGGCUCGACGACUGGCUAAGGAGGCCCAGCAGGAGACACAGAAGGCAGCCCUGCGGUAUGAGCGAGCUGUGAGCAUGCACAAUGCUGCCCGGGAGAUGGUCUUUGUGGCUGAGCAGGGGGUCAUGGCUGACAAAAAUCGACUGGACCCUACAUGGCAGGAGAUGCUCAACCAUGCUACCUGUAAGGUGAAUGAGGCGGAGGAAGAGCGUCUACGAGGUGAGCGGGAGCAUCAGCGUGUGACGAGGCUGUGCCAGCAGGCCGAGGCCCGGGUCCAGGCCCUGCAGAAGACCCUCCGGCGGGCCAUUGGCAAGAGCCGCCCCUACUUUGAGCUCAAGGCCCAGUUCAGCCAAAUCCUGGAGGAGCACAAGGCCAAGGUGACAGAACUGGAGCAGCAGGUGGCACAGGCCAAGACCCGCUACUCAGUAGCCCUGCGUAAUCUGGAGCAGAUCAGCGAGCAGAUUCAUGCCAGGCGCCGGGGUUUGCCCCCUCACCCACUGGGCCCACGGCGAUCCUCCCCUGUUGGGGCUGAAGCUGGAACUGAGAACAUUGAGGAUGGGGACAGUGGGAUUGAAGGGGCAGAGGGCGGGGGCCUGGAGGAGGGCAGCAGCCUUGGGCCUGGCCCAGGCCCAGAUACGGACACGCUGAGCCUAUUGAGUCUGCGCACUGUGGCCUCUGACCUGCAGAAGUGUGACUCAGUUGAGCACCUGCGUGGCCUCUCAGACCAUGCCAGUCUAGAUGGCCAAGAGCUGGGAGCCCAGAGCCGGGGACGCCGGGGAAGUGACGGCGGAAUCCGAGGGGGCCGGCACCAGCGCAGUGUCAGCCUGUAGCUCUGUGGCCAGAGCUAGCUUGAUUUCUACCAUGGGCAAUCAGGGCCCCCCAGGCCUUCCCUCCUCAAGUCCUGUCUGCCCCAGAUCCUGGUCUGCAGCCUUCCUUGGGCAGGAUGAGCUGUCUCAGCCCUGUGUCCCUAGCUUCCUCACCGUUCUUCUCUCAGGAGGCAGCUCUCUCUUUGCCUUACCCACCUAGAAGGCUUGCUCUCUGGCCCCAUCUCCUCUUCCCUGCUGGCACUCGAGUCUCUCUGAUGCUCUCUUGAUUUCCUCUCCUGACCUGACUUCUGUCUGUCUGGCUUUUCCCCUCAGGGAACUUGGUCUAGAAGACACAGGAGGCCAUGUGAGAACAUGGGCAUCCUAGCCCAAGUGAUUGGACAGGCCCUCACCCGUUGAUUCCUGGCCCUGUCUUCCCAGAAGGCGUGCCCUAGAUAUGCUGCUGAGUCCCUGGCAGCCUGUGCUCUUGUCCUGUCCCAGCUUGCCUGUGAGCAGUGUGUAAAAUGUCCAUGUGCCUCUGGAAGACACCACCUUCUGUCAGUGCACCUCUUAUGACCUUAGCUGCUGUGCUGUGUGUCCUUCAUUCAGGGUCAGGUGGGGGAAUCGAACCCUGUUAUCAACACAGGCAUUUGGGUCAACUCCAAAUGGCCCCGGUCUGUGUGAUGUGUCUCCAGUUGGGCUGAGCCCUUACAAUUGCCAAGGUGCUAGUGGGUCCCUGGUGGGGCCUAUACUGGAGGGUAGAGAUGUGAGAUUCUCAAGGCUGAGACCUUGCCAUCCCCACCUUCCCCGUGUGUGGCGCUGGGCUUGCUUUUUCUUGGUAGAGGUUGAACUGGAGCUUGGCACCCUCCUACAGGGUGGCAUUAGGGAAUUUGGUGCUCAAUUGCUCUUUAUUGCUCUUCCUCACCCCAGAUGGUACUUACGCUAGGAACCUUUGGAGAGCGCUUUAGCAUGAUUGUAAAGCCUCCUUUCUUGUAUGAGAGGAGUUGACCUGAAGUGAGGGGUUCCAGCCUCAAAAGGCAGCUCUGGGUGCUGGUGUUCCUGGGUUGUGUGAAGGGAAACCACACCAGAUCUGGGUGCCUUGGAAGAGCCAACCUCCUGUCCCACCAAGAGGAUGAGGACAGUGCUUGCCCAGGGCUGGGAGAAGAGUACCUGUGUCUCGCAUGGGAUCUCCCAAUUUUCAGGUUUCAGGAUGGUCACAAUGAGAACCUGUGGAGUUUGAGGUGGCUGUUCGGGAAAAACAGAAAUGAGGAGGACAUGAUUGUGCGAGUGCAUGUGCUGGUGCGUGUGGGAAAGGGUCAGUCCUGGUUUUAUUUAAAUAAAAUAGUUUAUGUAACAGUGAUGUUUACUGUCUGUUAAAAGAGACAUGGGGCUAAGACGGGACUCUUCAGACCAUGCAGUCAAGGAGUCAAGAUGGUACACACCAACUGAGAAGAGAAAAAAGAGGUGCCAGCUUUUGAGUGGUCACACACGCGCUAAGUGGACAAGGCCGGGGAGCCAGUGUUCAGAAGCUGUUCAACGGAAAGAAGAACAUUUUAGAUCUGGAAUGCACUGAAGGGGCAGGACCCUGGAAUUGUGAGAAGACAGGUUCAUCUGAUGCCUCAUUGUGAAUACUCCGUCUAGGCCACUGGUCUAUCCUUUUUAGUCUUUUGAAAAUGGAUAAAUUUAUUUUGAAUCAAGAAGGUAUUGUCUACUUACUGGAAAAAAAUCACAAAUAUUUUUUAUCCAUAAUGCAUGACAAACAUAAAAAUCAUUCAAAUUGCAUAUGUCUAUUAAAAAGGGCUAACUUCUUGACCACCUUAGAUUAAAAAUAUAGCUGAAGGAAACAGA